AUGCAACAUCUGGCCUUCUUUGUCAAUCACACAUUUACAACCGGCGUUUCAAAAACUACAAUCUACGCGAUAAUUUUUCCGUGCCAUGCGAAACGAUGGUCGCAUCAUCGGCGCAGAAAUUCCGCGUGACAUGGAUGUUGUUGGGACUUCUUGUCGUAUCCGCGCUCUUGUCGGCGCUGUUGCUGACCAUCGCCGACCGGCAGAUGGGAUUGAUGCGAGCCGAGCAGUAUGUUGGCAGGAAAUUUCCCUAUAAUGGACGCUUUUAUCUGCAUUAUAUCAGGUUUAAACCGGAGAACGGGAAGACGACGUUUCGGUUUCUGGAUUAUUUGAGCGUCAUGUCGGCGGUGAAUAAUUUAAAGCCGGAUCGGAUUAUUGUCCAUGGUGAUAUGAUACCGACCGGGGUCUAUUGGAUCGCCGCCCUGGCGACCCGCAUUGUCGAGCACCGCUUCCGCAACGCCACCCGCACGGUCGGGCACCGGUUCGGUGAGACGAAGGAAAUCGGCUUUAAAGAGCAUUCGGCUGAUAUAUCCAAACUAGACGUCCUUCUCGAAUUCGGUGGGGUCGUCGCCGAUUUCGACGUCUUCUUCAUCCGGGGCGAACGGAUUAAAAAGAUUCUAACGCAACGCCGGUCCAUCGUGUGCUACGGCGAUGAAGACGGAUAUAACAUUGGCUUAAUCGCCGGUUGGCCGGAUUCAAAGCUAUUAUACGCCUGGCGACGGAGUUACGAGGAUAUUUAUGUGAACGACUGGAACUUCAAUCAGGCGUUCGUGGCCAAGUACUUGAGUAUACUGUAUCAGAAGGAGAAUUAUGUCCUCGGCAUGGCGUGCAAUAAUCCGCAUCCGUAUGAUCUUGAGUCAUUCUUCCAUGAGUAUGGCAGAAUACACUGGCAGGAUUCCGCGGCUAUCCACACGUACGAGCGCUUCGGGAAAAUCCCGGAAGUAACCAGUCCGUCGCUAUUGUAUGAAGGCAAUCUGACGACGCACAAUGAGAUGCUGCAGUGGAUCUAUGAGGGUCGGCCACUGCCGUCUGUUAAUACCACUUUCCGCGAUGAAAUGGAUCCGUUGACGGACAAGCUCAACGAUAUGACCAUUAUCUGAAUAUUUACUACAAAGUGCACAGUGUUUUCUGAUCGCCAUGAUUUUGUUAACUGUGAUAUUUACAUUUUUUAUCUUUUAUUAUUUUAAUCAGUGUAAAGAAGGAUCUUGUCAUAAAAUGUCAGUUGUGAGAAGACGAAAGUUUUGUACAGCAUUAAAUAAGCAGCGAGAGCAAAAGUUGAAAUUCAGGCGGGAAAGAAAAUUAUUUGUUUGACCGUUGAGCGUUAGUUUUUAUUGCAUUUAGGCAACUGUGAGCGAUCGGCUGGCUUGUGAACUGGGAGCCUUAAAAGUUUC